AUGUACAAUAAUCUGCUACGUGUGGGGUGGGAACAGUCAGCUGACUCAUUCUGUGUGAAAGUGAAACUAAAGGCCUCUUUCCUUCUCCUCGAUCUCCCAGAAGCAGACAAUCUAUAUGACCAGGUGAAGAGACUGAUGAAAAUUACAGAUUUUUUCUCACCAUCAACACAGUUCACCAACACAGGAGAACAGACACCUGUCUCUACGCCACCCAUAGACAACGCAGAACAACAGGAGGAAAGUAUGUCUGUUACGGGAAAGAGGGGAUCAAUAAAAAUACAAACACCUAAGAAAAGAAGGGAAAAGUUUACUGACCCAGAGGUACAAAAACUUAUAGAUACAAUCCAACUGCACAUUGAGAAACUCUACGGGUCUACACCACUCAACAAGGCUGGGAAAACAGCAAUCUGGGAUAAGGUGAUGAGGGAGGUUAACAAAGUAGGUGGUAUGAAACGCACAGUUAAAGAAUGCAAGAAGAAAUUCCUGGACUAUAAGAGAAGAGUUAAGCAAAUUAUUGAUAAUUGGAAAAUGCAGUCUUCACCCGGAGGGCAGAUGUUGCCUCUUACAGAAAUGUUAACCAAACGGCAGAUGAUGUUGGCUGACUUCUUUAAAAUGGAUGCAAACGAUGGCCAGAAAAAUGGAGCACAUGAUGAAUCUUCAUCGGAUCUGGAGGAAGGUGUUUCUACCAAUGAUCACAUGUUCAGCGCCCCCUAUAUUAUUGAUUCUGAAGAUGAAUUCCUCCCCAGUCAAGACAAAUCAUUAUCAUCAUCAGGCACUAGCCACCAGGAUAAAGUAAUUUCACAGUCUUAUGAUGAGCCUCAGGCUGCGAGUAUAUUAUGUGAUCUGCACGAAACCAAGGCAGUAAAUAUGUCCGUACCGCCACAUACUGCUACUGAGUCCCAACUACAACUGAAAAAUCAAAUAGAUCAGUUAGUUGCGGAUCAAAAAAACAUAGCUGAGUCACUGCAAAGCCUCCAGAAAAAUGUUACCGCAAGUCUGACUAUCCAGACCAAAAUGUAUAAUCUUGUGAAGAGCAGCUUUCAAGAGCUUCUAUCCAGUCAGAAGGCAUCAAAUGAACAUGACAGUAUCAUGGAACUCAGGAUGAAGAACCUCCAUGCCAAAUUGGAUGAGAUGAACAGCGCCCUUCAAGUAAAGAAUCUUCAGGACAUUAUGUCCAGUGAGGAGUCAGAGUUAAAUUGGAUUAUUAUACAUCUGUCCCUCAAGUUACAAUGGAUUCAGGUUAUUUGUGGAUUUAUAAAAUACAAUGCUCUUUCCUGGACCACUGCAACUUGAAACCACAUUCGACAUAUAAUACCUCAAACGAUGUAUGACAUGUAUUAUUGGAAGAAAGGUCUAGCCAAUGAGCAUGGGCAUUUGUCCUCUAAGAAUAAACUUCCAGCAGCUCUUUCUGACUUCUAUAUGUAAAGACUCAUCUUAUUUAUCUGCUUUAUUUUACAUAAUCUAGACUUUGUGGAUCGUAGGUAACAUUUUGGUGGCUUCAGAACCAAUUUCUAGUUUUGCAAGUUUAAAGAAAACCUGUCAAAAGUUUAACGCUGCCAAAACCGUGGGCAGCGAAAUGCUGGGACAUGAUUUGUCGGGCGUUUCAAAGACAGUUUACAAAUGCAGCUGAGAUCUGGGUAAGUAGUCAUGGGAAUGGUGGGACCCCGUGGCUGCUCUCCACCCUGCAAGCACUCAGUGAUGCAUCUCUACAUAUACUAAUAUAUGGAGAGAUGCGUCACUCAAAGGGUGGAGACAGAUUUUGCUGAAAUGCCUGAGCAUUUCAAAGUAAAUCAUAAUGUCCUAGCAUUACGCUGCCUACACCAGUUUGAUGCAGCAUAAAACUGGUGACAGGUUCCCUUCAAGGCUGGGAUGCCACUUAUUUUUUGGUUUAACCUGAUAACGACCAUGGACGUCUAUACUCGUCCAAUGGCCGUUACCGGGGUAUGACGCGGGCUCCCGACUCGAGCCCGCGUCAUACCGGCCAGCCCCCAGCUGAUUCCUCUAGCUGGGGGCCGGCGUUAAUAGCAGACAUGCGGCCGGCUAUUAACCCUUUAGAUCGCCGCUGUCAAAGUUGACAGCGGCGUCUUAAGGUGCCUGUAUUAAGUUCCUGGUGGUCCAGUGGGGUGUAUCGCCCCCCCCGCAGCGCGAUCGCGGGGGAGCGAUCCACUACUGAGGUAGCCUGAGGGCUUACCUCUCCUGCUGAGGCGGCUCCGGCUCUCUGAAAGAUAAAGCCUGGCAGGGCCAGGCUUUAUCAAUCGAGCGCAGAGCACACAGAUCAUUGUGGUUUUAUGAAACCACAAUGAUCUGUAUGAGGAAUCUAAUGAUUCCUCCUAAAAGUCCCCUAAGAGGACUAAAAGUGUAAAAAAAAAAAAAAAGUGUAAAAAAAGUUUCAAAACACACACAUUAACCCCUUCCUUAUUAAAAGUUUAAAUCACCCCCCUUUUCCCAAAUUCCAUAUUAAAAAUAUGUAACCAUAAUAAAAAUAAACAUAGGUGGUAUCGCCGCGUGCGUAAAUGUCUGAACUAUAAAAAUAUAUCAUUAAUUAAACCGCAUGGUCAAUGGCGUACACGUCACUUUUCAUACCAUAAAAAAAGGAAUAAAAAGCGAUCAAGAAGUCCAAUCAAAAUAAAAAUGGUACCGAUCAAAACUUCAGAUCACGGCGCAAAAAAUUAGCCCUCAAACCACCCUGUACGUGGACAAAUAAAAAAGUUAUAGGGGUCAGAAAAGGACAAUUUUAAAUGUAUAAAUUUUCCUGCAUGUAGUUAUGAUUUUUUCCAGAAGUACGACGAAAUCAAACCUAUAUAAGUAAGGGGUCAUUUUAAUCGUAUGGACCUACAGAAUAAAGAUAAAGUGUCAUUUUUACCGAAAAAUGUACUGCCUAGAAACAGAAGCCCCCAAAAUUUACAAAAUGGUGUUUUUUCUUCAAUUUUGUCGCACAAUGAUUUUUUUUUCCGUUUCGCCAUAAAUGUUUGUGUAAAAUGACUGAUGUCAUCCCAAAGUAGAAUUGGUGGCGCAAAAAAUAAGCCCUCAUAUGGAUUUUUAGGUGCAAAAUUUAAAGGGUUAUGAUUUUUAAAAGGUAAGGAGGAAAAAACGAAAGUGUAAAAACAGAAAAAUGCUUGGUCCUUAAGCGGUUAAAUGCCACAAACACCAUCCUAGCUAUAAUUAGUUUAUUUAUUUAUUAAUUUUUUUAGGUUCAGUGAUAAUUUUCCAAAAUUGUAGCAUGAUAUUUAAUGAUUGUUUGACCCAGAAAAAGAAAUCCACCCCCCCCCCCCCAUACAACGUGUAAAUCAAAUUGGUGUUAUUUAAACAAAAACCCUAAAGACACAAGAAAUGUAAUGAGAAAAAGCGCUGGGUAUAGAUUACCAAAGAAACACACUAUUUUUGGAAAAACGCCACAGAAGCUGCACCUUGGAAGUGCACAAUGAUUGCAAAAAAAUUAAUAAAAUAAAAAAUAUAAAAAAUAUAUGCUACACAAAAGUUGUGUGGUUUGGCAGCCGUGGUCUCAAGAAUUACAAUUGUUUCAACUUACAAUAAUCCUUCUGAAACCACAAAAACUUGAGAGAACACUGUAUUAAUUCUUCAUCGGAUAUAAAGAUCUUCAGUUUGCUGACGUUUAGUUGAAAUAAAAUCUAGGGCAUGUAAAAAGAACACAGGAAUGCAUCUUGUAACAUGCUGGAGCUCUGAUAACUGUAUCAUGUAUCAUCACAUAACCAGGACACUUAUCGGUGGGGGUCUGACUGUCAAGAAGCACUCACAGUAAUAAAAUACACUCAGUUAUCUGUGUCAGUCUCAGACUAGGUUUCCACCCAGGUUUUCCCCCCACGUCUCCACGAUAGCACCCAUGAGAUUAUCUCCUCCUCCUGAUUGGGACAGGGAAAAACACUGAGAGGUUAAAUUCCCCACCCCUUCCUGUCCACACCAGUGUUUUUUCCUGUCCCUGUCAGGGAAGGAGCUGAGAGGUGCAGGGGGGUUUUUACUCUCCUGCAUGAAGAAAUUAAGGCCCUUACCGGGGCCUUGCGGACUCUGGGUGCGAGCAUAGCACACCCCGUCUUUUUCUCCCCGUGGUCCGGUCCUCUCUGUAGGUCCGCUCCGGGAGCAUGGAGGCGGAGGAAUACCGCGGGAGCACCGUAUAGUGUGCGGGUCUCUGUACGGUCUCCUGGUAGCGGUCUCUGCCUUCGGCGAGCGCUUCUAGUUUAUUUUCUCCCGGCCCUUCCGGCCGGGGAUGCUGGCGUCUGACGUCACUUCCGGCCGUGCUCGGGCGGGGAAUUUGACUCUGGAGACUGGCCUUUUUCCUAUAAGAAGCCCCUCUCCCAGAUGGAAGCUGCUCUAACUGAUUCCAACGUUGGAAAAUACAAGGCUGCAUCAUGAGCUCACCUGCAAAAGUUCCAGAUCCUCCAGUAAUCCCAGGAUCCGUGAGUACUGAGGGCCUAUGGGUUCGCCCUGGCCUAUCUUCAUUGCAUGGUGUUUUAUCCUUCUCUUCCUUGUAUUUGCAGGGAGACAAGGAUUCUGCAGGUUCUUCGGUUAAACCGAAAAAAUCAAAACCUAACAAAUGUGUUAUUUGCUAUAAGGAGUUUCCUGAAUCUGCUUCUAAACCUCUGUGUAAAUCAUGUAUUGCAUCAGUAGUAAAAGAUGACUCUCCAACUCUUAUGCAAGAAAUUAAAUCCAUGAUUCAUUCAGAGAUACACUCUGCAUUGGACUAUUUUACACCUGUUACCCCUGUGGCAUCCACUACUUCGGUUAAUGGCUGUAAAAGACUAAAAUAGUGUAUUUUUCGGAUUCUGAAGAAAGUAUCUCCAGAAUUGGAAGAAGGAGAAUUUGUUGAAAAUCCUCAUGAAGAGGAAGAUUCCUCUUUGAAAAAAUUCUUGUUUAAUUCUGAUGAUAUAGAAUCCUUAAUUAAGUCCGUCCAUACUACCUUGAAUUUAGAGGAAGUUCAGGAGACUUAGUCUAUCCAGGAUGACCUUUUUGGAGGCCUAGGAGACAGGAAACCCUGCACUUUCCCUGUUCAUACAAAUUUGCAUAAAAUUAUUAAAGAUGAAUGGGCUAAGCCAGAAAAGAAUGCCUUUAUUCCUAGGGGUCUAAAAAGGCGAUAUCCCUUUGAUGUUACAAACUCUACUACCUGGGACAUGAUACCAUUAGUAGAUAUCCCGGUUGCUAAGGUUGCAAAGCGUACCUCUCUGCCUUUCGAGGAUACUACACAACUUAAAGAUCCAAUGGAUAGAAAGGCAGAGAGUUUGCUUAAAAAGACCUGGGAGGCUGCUUCCUCACUGUUAAGGCCAAGUAUAGCCUCUACCUUUGUAGCCAGGACUUUAGGAGUUUGGUUAGACCAGUUGGAAUACCACCUCCAGUCUGAUACCCCUAAGGACCAGAUUUUGGAAUCCUUACCUCUGCUUAAGAUUGCAUCUAAUUUUUUUAUCAGAUGCCUCUGCAGAAUCGGUAAAACCUUCUUCUCGUACUACUGUUUUGUCCAAUACCAGUAGGCGUGUACUGUGGUUAAAAUCUUGGUCGGGAGACAUGACUUCAAAAAGUAAACUCUGCUCCCUUCCUUUUCAUGGAAAAUUUUUGUUUGGUCCAGAGUUGGAUUCUAUUUUGGAAAAAGCAGCAGACAAUAAAAAAGGAUUGCCCUUAGAUAAGGUCCAACCUAAAACGUCUCCUUUUCGUCUUUUUUCCCAAUCAGACCAAUCCUUCAGAGGAGGUAAAGGGAAAACUGGAUGUUGGUCUUACAGGAAGGGCGGUAGGGGUAGAAAUAUCUUUACUAACCCCGGUCAGUCCUCUUCCAACCCUAAGCAAUGACGCCAGGCCAGUGGGGGCAAGGCUUUCCCAUUUUACCCCAGUUUGGGAGUCACUAAUUCCCAAUCCCUGGAUAGUAGAGAUAAUAUCUCAGGGCCUCCGGAGUUGUCAUCACCUCCCCCUCCAAAGGUAUGUUGUUACUCAACAGAGUAAAAAUAAACAGAAAUUGGUUCUCAAGGGUGUUUGGGACCUUCUCUCCCUGGGUGCUAUACAGGAGGUUCCUCUACUUCAGAGGGGCCUAGGUCAUUAUUCUUCCCUGUUUUUGGUUUCCAAACCAAACAGGAAGUUCCGUACAAUUAUAAACCUGAAACCCCUGAACAAAUUUGUGGUUUACAAAAAAUUCAAGAUGGAAACUGUGAAGUCUGCAGUUCAGUUAAUAACGGAGGGGGCGGUCCCAUCCAAAUUUCCCAAAAUAUCUGAGAUUUGCCAUUUGGUGGGGGACCAGGGUCCGCCACUUUCAGUUUGUCUGUCUCCCAUUCGGCCCGUCAUCUGCGCCUCGAAUUUUCACCAAGGUCUUAGCAGAGGUGGUUGCCCUUCUCAGGAAGGAGUCUAUUCUAAUUAUCCCUUAUCUAGACGACAUACUGAUAGUGGCGGACUCAGUUCCUCAGCUGGAACUUCAUUUACAGAGAGCUAUACUUGUUCUCCAGAAGUUGGGUUGGAUCCUAAAUCUAGACAAAUCAGAUCUUAUUCCUAGUCAGAGAAAAAUUUUCCUAGGUACCCUUUUGGAUUGAAGGAUCCAGACCUCCUUUCUUCCGGAUUCCAAAAGGGUAUUACUGCAGGCAUUAGUCUCCAGGUUUCUAAGCCUCCAUUCCUGUACAAUCAGGACAGCAAUGUCCACUCUGGGUCAUAUGACAUCAUGCAUCCAAUCAGUAGCUUGGGCUCAGUUUCACUCCAGGCCUCUACAAAAGUGGAUCCUAACCAUUUGGGACAAGUCUCAGAAAGCUUUAGACAAAAGAGUGAUAAUUCCCACUCAAGUAAAAACCCAUCUAAGAUGGCGGACAUUCAAGAAAAACAUAAAGGGAGUAAGUUGGUUUCAGUCAAACCAGUUACUCAUAACAAUGGAUGCCAGUGCAGGAGGAUUGGUUGCUCACUCAGUCUCGAGUAGUCCAAGGGAAAUGGGAUCCUCAGACAGCAAGAAAAUCGUCCAACUUCAGAGAAUUACUGGCAAUAUGGAUGACACAAGAGUUAGAGGAGAACUGCAAAAACCGCCAUAUCCUCAUUUACUCCGACAACAUGACUGCAGUGGCCUUUAUAAGGCGUCAGGGAGGUCCAAGGUACACAGCUCUCCAGUCAAUUUUGCAUCAAAUAUUUUCUUGGGCAGAAAACAAGGUGCUUUCUUUCUCAGCAGUCCAUCUCAAAGGGGCCUGGAACUUGGAGGCGGACUUCUUGAGCAGACACAUAUUAGACCCAGGGGAAUGGUCUCUAGCUCCGUAUGCAUUCAGGAUGAUUACAGAGAGAUGGGGGGUUCCUCAAAUAGAUCUGUUUGCAACCAAGAGAAAUCACAUGGUGGAUCUAUUCUAUUCCCUAAAUCCAAGGGACUCUCCGCUAGCAGUAGAUGCAUUAGCUCAGGAUUGGACAUUCAGUAUGAGAUACACAUUUCCCCCCCCUGCCACUAAUAUCUCGGGUCCUUCAGAAGCUAAUGAACUAUCAUUGCAUUCUAAUUCUAGUGUCUCCAUACUGGCCAAAGAGGAGCUGGUUCUCUCUAUUAAAGACUCUGGCUGUAGAGGAUCCCAUCUGCCUUCCUCCUCAAAAGCAUCUGCUGUCCCAGGGACAUGACAGCAUGGAAAUUGAAAAGUCCAUUCUGCUGAAGGAAGGUUUCUCUGAAAAGGUAGUAAGUACCCUUCUAUCUAGCCAUAAAGAUACUACCUCCAGAAUCUAUGCUAAAACCUGGAAGAAAUGUAUCUCUUGGUGUGGGGAUUCUUUUUCUAUCAACAUUCCGGUGAUUCCUAAAAUUCUAGACUUCCUUCAGCAGGGAUUUGAUUUAGGUCUCUCCCCUAGUACAGGUUUCUGCUCUCAGUGCUCUCUAUCAUGUAAAAUUGGCUGAUAACAUGUGGAUUUCAAGAUUUAUUAAAGCGUCCAGCAGACUCAGACCUAAGACUUUAAAUAUCUGUCCUCAGUGGAAU